GCAUGAUGGGAGCAGCACGUGUGAAACGCCGCUUCAGUGCUGUGGUGGAUGGGCCAGUGGAGGAGGAGGAGGUCAUGAGGCUAGCACAGAGUGCUGCAGAUACGGCUAGGGCAGGGGGGAGCCCGACGGGGUCAGGGACCCCAACCAGCCCCUCCCCAACCCAUGCCCUCAAUGGCAAAGCUCUACCUCUACAGAGCAACACCAACAAUGCACGGAGGCAGAGUGCCAUGGGAGAGUCAGUUGGGGGAGAUGCAGGAGGAGAAGGCGGGGUGAGAGCAGGAAGAACAUGCUCAGGGCUAAGAAGUGGAAAAGGCAGUAGUGUAGGAGGAAGAGGAGAAGGCCGGUUAUCCUCGGAUUCACUCUCUUCCCCCUCCACUACCAACCGCCGGCGCACCAGGCGCUCAAGCCGCCGGCCCCGACAGCGCUUUGUGGGCAAGGACGGACGCUGCAACGUCACCUUCGUCAACAUGAGCGAGAGGGGCCAGCGGUACCUCAGCGACCUCUUCACCACCUGUGUGGACAUCCGCUGGCGCUGGAUGCUGGUCAUCUUCACCCUCUCCUUCCUUCUCUCCUGGCUACUCUUUGGAUUUGCCUUCUGGCUCAUUGCCUCCGCGCAUGGGGACCUUUCCAUUCGGCUUUCCCCCAGCUCAGGGACCUCAGGAUCAGGAGAGGCUGGGUCUGGAGGAGAGUCGGAUAGAGAGGCAGUGGUUGAGGAGCCGUGCUUCCUCCAGGUGAACAGCUUCAUGGCAGCCUUUCUAUUCUCCUUGGAGACGCAGACAUCCAUCGGUUACGGAUUCCGAAGUGUGACCGAAGAAUGUCCCCUGGCGGUGGUGGCGGUCGUUUUGCAGUGCAUUGUGGGCUGCAUUAUUGACGCCUUCAUCAUCGGGGCAGUCAUGGCAAAGAUUGCCAAGCCCAAGAAGCGCAACGAGACACUGGUGUUCUCUGACACAGCUGUGGUGGCGCUGAGGGAUGGGAGACUCUGCAUGAUGUGGAGGGUCGGUAACCUACGCAAGAGUCACCUGGUAGAGGCGCAUGUCCGAGCACAACUACUGAAGCCAAGGGUGACUCCAGAGGGAGAGUUCCUCCCGCUGGAUAACGAGGACAUCAACGUGGGUUUUGACACCGGCACUGACCGCAUCUUCUUGGUCUCGCCGGUGACAGUUGUCCAUGAGAUCAACGAUGAGUCACCCUUCUUCGAGAUGGACCGAAAGACCCUGGAAAAUGACUCUGAACUGGAGGUUGUCGUCAUACUUGAGGGCAUGGUGGAGGCCACGGCCAUGACCACGCAGUGCCGUAGCUCCUAUCUGGCUUCUGAAAUCCUCUGGGGACAUCGCUUCGAACCAGUGCUCUUUGAGAGGAAAGAAGGUUACCAGGUGGACUACUCAUUCUUCCAUCGAACAUAUGAGAUCCCGAACACACCCUCAUGUAGUGCAAAAGAACUUGCUGAGCAGAAGUACAUUCAAAGCUCACGCUCGUCGUUCUGCUACGAGAAUGAAGUGGCUCUGCAACUCGUCUCCCCUGAUGAUGAGCCUGGCCAAGACCCUGAGUGUCCCUCCCCACCAACCCGAAGGCAGUCACUGUCAGAACAUCUCCACUACAACUGAAGUUGGGGGACAGGAGGCCUCAAGGGAAAAGAGACAGGAGGUUGACCCAGGCAUUGAGAGGUAGUACAGGCAAGGAGAAAGGGUUAGACAGGUAGGAAUGGGCAGGCCAAGAGAGCCAGGCUUAGAGGUAGAUAAGACCAUGAACAAAGAAUUUGCCAGUAUCAGCAUAUGAAAUAGGAAGCAACAUUGUUUACAAUAGUCAGACAAGUUCAGAAGAGGAAUAGGUCAAGAAAUCCAUUCAGAUUUGAAGUUUGCAAAUGAAACAAGGUUUUGGUUAGCACUACUGCACAGAUUAAAGGAUGAACAGAAAAAUAGACAGGAGAUGGACAGAUAGAGAAACAGUGGGAGGUUUGGGGUCACUAUAAUGGGGAGAUGGGUUACUACACUGACCUAGUUGUCUGAUUGGUCCUGGCAAUCUUUCAGAAUAAUUGAAAACGUGUCUGCUAAGUCUCAAUCUGGCCCAUCACUACCACAACACGCCCAUCUGACUUUAGAGCCAAACCGGCAGGAUAUACAAGAGCACCCCAUGGUGGCUCUAACCUGCAACUGCACUCCCAGCUGUAUGAGCCUGGCUGGACGAAUUUUGACCUCGAUUUGAGGCAGCUUCUGUAUGCAGUGAUUGGUAGUGUACCUAACGAGGUACAUCUCAGGAAUGUAUUUCACUAUGAUACUGACUUAUCAUUUCAAGGUUUUAUUUUCUUAUGGUAAGUAUGGAAAGUGCAUUUUUGUGACACUUGGAGCGUGGGGGCUGCUUGUUAGAGCCAAUGCAAAGCAACAUUUACAUAGAGAAACAGCUGAAAACUUGCAGCGGUUUUGAGCAGUCUCUUUUCUAUGUAAUGUACUUACAUACUAUGUAAUGUUGUUUGUUUUUUGGCAUUUUUUUUGUUCCCGAGUGCACUAAUAUCUACAUUAUCUCUUCAUGCUCUUUGUUGAUACAAAACAACCACACUGUAUUGUUUUGCUCUGUCACUUUUGGACAGAGCAAAAAUAAAUAAAUAGAUGAUGAAUGCAGCAGUUGUAGUAAGCGACUGAACUAUGACAUUAUUACCUUAAAAGUGUCUUGGCACUUGGACCUUGACCAUCUAAGAUUCAAACUGGAUCCAAGGCAAAGGACUUGCUCUCAUCGACUCUGUAUGUGCAUCGGAGGCCUACAUUCAUCCUCAUCAGUAGAAUGGUACUGAGAUGAACCUGAGUAGAGGAUGGUGUUGUGAUGAUGGGAUGAUUUAUCGUGUCUACAUCUCAUAGAAAAAAAACAACUGUCUAACAUCUCCACAAGUUGAUGGGGAUUGAACUGGAAACUACACCACAUUCAUAAAAAAAAUAUUCUGUAUUGUAAAAUCAUGUGACGCUCUUCUCUGAUUCUAAUGUGUUACAGUUGGUUUUGCUCGUAAAUUGUGAGAACAUAAUAGUGGGUGGUGCCUUCAUAACAAAGCAGAGAUUUUGCAACUGUCCCUUCAUCUGCAGCAGUUUAUUUAAUAUUUGAAAUGUGCUUAAACCUUAUCUUGUGACUUCAU